AUGUUCACUCUGCGAACAACUCUAUACAAUCUCAUAGUGAACAUGAACGAGCAGGAGCAGGAUGAUACACUUAUCGUUGUUUACAUAGGCGAAAGCAAUGAGGAUGAAGUGCAGCAGAUUGUAGAAAAAAUUGAAAGAAGUUUUCAACAGCAAUUGAAUAAAGGACUAAUAGAUAUUAUAGCACCAGCUGCAAAUUAUUAUUCAGACAUGGACAUGUCAUGGCAAAGCAAACAAAACUUGGACUUGGCGUAUCUAAUGGCAUAUGCCCAUGCAAAGGGAGUCUUCUAUGUGCAACUAGUAGAUGACAUUAUGACGAGGCGACAGUUUAUCACCAGCAUGAAAAGAUUUGCGCUGAUUAAGAGCGCUUUGGCGAAUCCUUUUCAACCAAGUUGGAUUGUUCUGGACUUUUGUGAAGCUGGCUUUAUAGGGAAACUCUUGAAGGCAACUGAGCUACCCUAUUUGAUCACGUAUCUGCAGUUGUACUACAACGAUAUGAGUGCUCUAGAUAUACUUACUCAUCUGAUUGAGGCGAAAAUGUGUCGCCAGGUGAAAAAAGAUAAAUUGCAGUGUCAGCAUUUGAAGACAAAACUAUGGCAACGUUUUAAUAGCAACUUGUUUUACCAUAUCGAAAAUAUCUCUCUUGAGGAUAAGCUGAAGCUGCAGCUAGGUGGAGAAGAUUAG